AUGCGAAUAAGUGUUGCAAAUAACAUCAAGAUAGUUAUUCCCAAAACUGAAAGUGCUAAAGAGUUUUUAAAGUUUGUAGGAGAGCAUUCCCAAACAGUAGAUAAGUCUCUUGUUGGGACAUUAAUGGAUACGUUAACCACUAUGAAGUUUGAUGGUUCUCGUACUAUGCAUGAGCAUGUUGUUGAAAUGACAAAUAUUGCAGCAAAACUUAAGACUUUAGGAAUAGAUGUGAAUGAAAACUUUCUUGUUCAGUUCAUUUUAAACUCAUUACCAACUGAGUAUGGACCGUUUCAAAUGAACUAUAACACCAUGAAAGAUAAAUGGAAUGUGCAUGAGUUGCACAGUAUGCUAGUUCAAGAGGAAACACGACUGAACAAUAAAGGAAUUCACUGUAUUCAUUAUGUGAACAAUCAAGGAGUUGAAAAGAAAAAGUACUGCUUGAAACGGAAAGCUUGGUACGAAAGGAAGGGUAAGCCUGGUGCUUAUGUAUAUUUCGAAUCAAAUUUAGCUAAAGUUCCUUAUAAUACUUGGUGGAUUGAUUCUGGAUGUACAACUCAUGUUUCUAAUAUGAUGCAAGGAUUUCUUACAAUCCGGAACAUAAACCCAAAUGAGAAGUUUAUCUUCAUGGGGAACAGAAUAAAAGUGCCAGUUGAAGUUGUCAAGACUUAUCGUUUAAUCCUAGACACUGGUUAUUGUUUGCAUUUAUAUGAGACUUUUUAUGUUCCUAGUAUUUCUAGGAAUUUAGUUUCAUUAUCUAAAUUGGAUGUUUCUGGGUACACUUGUAAUUUUAAUAAAGGUUUUUUCAAUUUAUUUAAGGAUACCUAUAUGGUUGGUUGUGGUAUGCUUUGUGAUGGAUUAUAUAAGUUAAAACUUGAUAAUCAUUAUGCUGAAACACUUUUAACCUCGCAUGAUAGUAUUGGCACUAAACGAAGUUUAGUGAAUGAACGAUUUGCUUACUUGUGGCAUAAACGGUUAGGUCAUAUUUCCAAAGAAAGAUUGGAAAAAUUAGUAAAGAGUGGAAUACUUCCAGAUUUGGAUUUCACUGACUUUGACAUUUGUGUAAAUUGUAUUAAAGGAAAGCAGACAAGACACACAAAGAAAGAAGCCACAAGGAGCACUCAGCUUCUAGAAAUUAUACACAUGGAUAUAUGUGGACCCUUUGACAUAAAUACGUUCAGUAAUGAUAGAUAUUGUAUCACCUUUAUCGAUGAUUUUUCACGUUAUGGAUAUGUCUGCUUGCUACAUGAUAAAUCUCAGGCGGUAAAAGCUUUGGAGAUUUAUGUAAAUGAAGUUGAAAGGAAAUUAGACAAAAAGGUGAAGAUUGUUAGAUCUGAUAGAGAAGGUGAAUAUUAUGGAAGGUAUAACGAAACUGGACAACUACCUGAUCCAUUUUUGCUAAAUUCCUUGAAAAAUGUGGUAUUUGUGCUCAAUACACAAUACCAGGCAGAAAUUAAAGUUUAUAACCCACAAGAAAAAAAGUUGGAUGCAAGAACAAUCAGUGGUAAUUUCAUUGGUUAUCCAGAAAAAUCAAAAGGGUAUAUAUUUUAUUGUCCUAAUCAUGUCACAAGAAUAGUUGAAACUAGAAAUGCUAGUUUCAUUGAAAAUGAUGAAACUAGUGAGAGUAUGGUUCCAUUAAAUGUGAAAAUUAAGGAAAUUACAACUCCCGCUAUUCAAAGUAAACCUAUUAUAGAAAAACCACAAGAGGUUGCGUUAAGGCAAUCUCAAAGAGAAAAGAGAUCUGCUAUCUUGGAUGAUUAUGUGGUUUAUCUUCAAGAGUCAGAUUUUGACUUAAGAAUUGAAAAUGAUCCAGUUUUGUUUUCACAUGCCAUUAGCUGUGAUAAUUCUGAUAAAUGGAUGGAUGUCAUGAAAGAAGAGUUAAAGUCUAUGGAACAAAAUGAAGUCUAG